AGAGCAAAAAGAUUAAGAGUGUGACAGGUAUUAAUAAAUGUUUUCAAAUAGGAGAUCCUGAAGGAGGCAUACAAGCUAAUGAGGAGUACCGGUGUGUGCUGAAGGUGAUGAUGGACCAGACAACAAUGGUUUUUGCUCCUGAAGUGGAUUGUGCUGACCCAUAUUUGUAUGAAGAAGGUUUCAAGGAUCUCAGUGGAUUUGUCAUGGUCAAGUGUUGCAGAGAGCUUACUGAAGAUUAUAAGAUCAAGACUCACAAAAGGUACAAGCUCAGUCAGUGGUGGGCAGAAAAUAAACUCUCUGGAAUUCCUCGCAUUUUGACAGGCUACAGGAAUGAUGAUGGAAUUGUGCACACACUGGAGCUUUAUGAGACUGAUGACCUUCCAGAAAUGGCUGAGGUAAGACUGAACAAUUAUCAGGGAUGGCUGAGAUAA